UUCUAUAUAUCUCGUUUCGUUUCUAUAUGUACGUGGGCAUCUCUCUAUAUUAAGAUCAAGUGUAAUUUGAACUUAAUAACCACACCUCUUUCCUUUCUACAUUUUCAUGCCUAUAAAUGUUUUCUAUAUCUGCUAAUAUCAGGUUGCAUGCACCAACCUCGCCACCGGUAGUGCUAUCGUUGCAAUCCUUUGCUUAUAGGGUGUUAGCUAAGAGAAAUAAUGGGAAAAAGCCACAAACAACCAUUAGAGCUAGCACCGGAAGCUCUAAUCAUCAUGAACAAUUUAAAAGGCCAACAUCAUCAGUACUCGAUACUAAAGAGCCAUUACCAACAACUAAUAUCUUCAAUGCGAUUGACCCAAAACAUGUCCUGUCAGGUAACUUUUCCCCAAUAGAUGAACUCCCUCCUACUCAAUGUGAGGUUAUCGAGGGUACACUACCUAGCUGCCUCGAUGGAGCUUACUUUCGCAAUGGACCAAACCCACAGUAUGUGCCACAUGGUCCCUAUCACUUAUUUGAUGGAGAUGGCAUGCUUCAUGCUAUUCGUAUCUCUAAAGGGAAAGCUACAUUGUGCAGUCGCUAUGUGAAGACACACAAGUAUAAUGCAGAGAAGGAUGCAGGGUUCCCAAUUGUUCCGUUUUUCUUUACAGGAUUCGAUAGCCUGGGUAGUCUCAUCGCGUAUAUGGUAGUCAUAGUUGUUCGAUAUUUAAAGGGUAAAUUUGACCCAAACAAAAAAGGUUUUGGCUUAGCCAACACCAACUUAGCACUAUUUGGCAACAAACUAUUCGCGCUGUGGGAGUCUGAUUUGCCUUAUGCCAUUAAAAUUAAUCCAGACGGUGAUAUAGUCACUCUUGGUCGCGAGGACUUUGAUGGCAAACUUUUAAUGAGCAUGACCGCUCACCCAAAAUAUGAUCCGAUGACAAAAGAAACAUUUGCUUUUCGUUACGGCCCAGUUUCUCCAUUUCUAACCUAUUUUUGGUUCAAUGAAAGAGGAGAGAAACAACCUGAUGUCCCAAUCUUCUCAACAAAAAGCCCAACUUUCUUUCACGACUUCGCUAUCACCAAAAACUAUGCCAUCUUUCCCGAGAACCAAAUCACAAUGCACAUGAAGCAAACGGAUAUUGGAUGGUCUCUUAUUAGUGCAGACAUGGAUAAGGUGCCUAGAAUAGGGGUGAUGCCAAGGUAUGCCGAAAAUGAGUUAGCGAUUAGGUGGUUCAAGGUGCCCGGGUUGAAUAUUGUGCAUGCGGUUAAUGCAUGGGAAGAGGAUGUCGCCGAAGAAUCGGUGGUAUUGAUUGCAUCAAAUAUAUUAUCAAUAGAGCACGCAUUAGGGAGGACGGAUCUCAUACAUGGAUCCUUGGAAAAAGUUAGGAUCGAUCUUAAGACCGGGAUGGUCUCACGUCAUACCCUUUCAUCAAGGAAUUUAGAAUUUGGUGUGAUCAACUCAGCUUAUGUUGCUGCCAAGAAUAGGUAUGUGUAUUGUGCAGUUGGUGAUCCAAUGCCUAAGUUUUCCGGAGUUGUCAAGCUAGAUGUGUCAUUAUCGGAAGUGGAUCGACAAGAAUGCAUAGUGGCUAGUCGGAUUUUUGGGCCCGGGUGUUUUGGUGGUGAACCAUUUUUUGUAGCAAAGGAACCCGACAACCCCAAUGCCGACGAGGAUGAUGGAUACAUAGUGUCAUAUGUGCAUAAUGAGAACAAUGACGAGUCAUGUUUCUUAGUGAUGGAUGCCAAGUCAAUGACACUAGAGAUAGUUGCUACCGUGAAAUUGCCCCGUCGAGUACCAUAUGGAUUUCAUGGUCUCUUUGUCACUGAAAAUAACCUAAACAAGCUUUGAAUAUAAACGGCGAAUUUAAGAGUAAUGAUUGUAUAUGUUUAAAUCACAAAAAUUCAUACAUAAAUAAAGAACAUGUGUUGUCAUUCUA